GCGUGUGGCUGCGUCCCAAACCCUGCACUACGGUACUGUAAGCGGCUUUGCCAGAAUACCGAGUCGAGGGUACAUAUGACGCGCACUAUUUAGCACACUAGAACUAGGAUUGGGACGUAGCCAUGUCUGAGCGUGCUUCGAAAUUUCCUGCGCGAGCGUCCUGAGCGGGAGAAAUCCAUGAGAGAAGGCAGGUGAAAGUUAGCCUGGAAGCUAAUGAAUUCCUGUGGGAAGAACUGUCACUUUUUACAUCGAAUUUUGGGUGUUCAGUGUGAACCAUGUUCCUAGCUGUGAAAUACAGAGCUAUUGACUACAACUAUGAGGCUUCGGCAAGGCGCAGGAUGAUGAUGAGUUCUCUCACGCUCCCGGUUCCCAUCCAGCUGGACAAUGACAUCUACCCACACUCGGGGAGGCUGCAGGAGGAUUCGUACCGCAGGCCGUGGUGUGGACGUUUGGGCACCGCGUAUAAACUGGAAUACACAGGCUCUGUGGUGGAUUGUCUGAAGGCAGGGCUUCGUCCAGUGCAGUGUGUGGAAAGGUUUACAGUGUGCCCGGGCGAGUUGGGAGAGGACGUGGUGCCGAGCUCUAACCCUGCGUCCCCGAGGUGUGUGGAAUGGCAGGAAGCUCUCAGUAUCCUGAACGGAGGAGAAAGAGCAGCCGAGUGGGACGAGUGGACAGAGACCUUCCCCGAGGUUGAUGUACGCUCGGUAUUCUUCAGUGAGCAAGAUCUGUUCCUUCCUGAGGAGGUGUUAAUCAGUGAUAUCAAACUGACUAGUCAUCUCCCGUCUCUCACCAAAUUACUGCAGAGGUUAAAACCUUAUCCUGUGUCAGAUCUACUGGAUCUCCACCAAACCGGAUCACUGCUUUCUGAACACGUCACAAUUGGGGAGUUCUCUCUGUGCUCUGUACCGGCUAGCUUCUCAGCUCCUUUAGCUUCUCAGUGGGACAGAGAAGAGUUCGGGAAAGAGAACAUUCUGGUUGCAGAGGAUCUCAUGCUGCCAGAUUUCGUCGAAACCGAUGAGCAAGAGCUCAUCUCUCAUCGUCUCAUCCAGGUGCGAGAAGCUCUGAACCUGACUGCAGAGGCAGUUGAAGAACACUGGUCUGUAUCAGACACUCUGAGGGCAGGCACGCUAGCUUCAUCAACCUGGGAGACUUUCAAUGCUCCUGCCACUCACAUCACUGACUCCGCCCCUGAAAGGCCAAUCUCUCCAUUUCCUUUCAGGUCCUAUGUGGAACUGGAGUUAGAUCUGAUUCUGUCUCCUCCUCCUCCUCCUUCUCCUCCUCCUGAUUGGAAGCUCGAGGCUGAGCUGUUUCGGUCCACCAAUCAGCUCUCAGUAGAGACGCUGUCACCUGUCGACAGAACGCGUUUGCUGUCGGACAGCGAGCGCGAGGUCCUGGAGAAAGUCAUCUGGGCGGAAGAGAAACAUCCUGAGUGUGUAGCCAGGCUUCUGCUUGCAGAGCCGGAGAUACCUGCACCUCCGGUGAGGCGUCACUCCCUCCCUGAGCUGCUCUCCUCGCUCCAGGCCGAGCCGGAACAUGACCACAUGGACAGAUCCAGCUCCACUUCACUACUACCACCACUGAUGACCCCUGACCCUGUCCUCACACAGGCACUGACUGUAGAAACACACACCACUGUAAACACACACAGGCCAGAGGUGGACAUGCCCGAGCAGCUCACACCGCUCUCUCUCGCUCAGAUAGACGAUUUACUGAGAGACUCUGAAAAUGCGGAACAUUCAGCCACGCCCACUGUGGAGAGCAGCGCUACAGACAAUGCCGUUCCUGCUAGUGCACACAGGCGCAAAACUGUCACCUUCCUUCUACAGGAGCAUGAUUCUCGGAAACAAUGCCCCGAUAAGAAAGUUAUCCAUCCAUCCACCAGGAACACUCAAACUAAUCCUAGUGAUGUGUCUGACAACAUGGCGAAACACUCGAGUCUGCUGAAGCCAGCUCCACGGAGUUAUUCAGUAAAAGACGCUUGUAGUAGCAACAGUUACUCCGGUUUCUCUGAGAAACAGGAUUCAGUGAGACGCACGGAUACAAACACGAGUCUGCUGAAGUCCACAUCACACACAUCCGCUCACACUCUACUGACCAGAGACAACCAAGAAGACCUGAUUAGAAGCAGUAAUAAUCCAAGUAAUACAAAUAACGUCAAUACUUUCUCUGAGACAAAUUUCAGUCUGCGCUAUACGUACUCGGCUGCUCGUAAUCAUUCGGAAACAAAGUUGAAACAAACGUCUACGAAUGCUACCGUUAGGACGAGUUGUCCAAAUAAGCUCUCUUCUGAGACCAGGACCGUAGACGGAGAUCUGAGUCUGUUCUGUACACAGCCUGGUCCUAGUAAUCCUACAAAUCAUCCCUGUAAUCUCCUUCCUGAGAAUCCUGCCAAAAACCUUAUUGUGCUGAAGCCUCUAUCAAACCCACACACCCAACCAAACACACCUAAACAGCUCAGUGUGCCCCGGAAUUCAGGAGUUACCCCGACACCAUCCAGACCUCCUCAACGAGGAGACCAAACAACACCACAUUCAGUAUCACGGAGCAGUGCUGUAGGGAAAAAGUCGAGGUCAUCUGUCCACAGACCUCAGGAGAACCUGGACCCCGUGUCUUCCUUCAUGAUGCUGAGAGGCGUCCUGAGACUUCCGCUGGAGCAAAGACCUGAAGCCACGCCACCACGCACCACAGUGGCAGAGCCUUCUCUGAAGUCAGACUUGAUGGAGCUACAGCAGGCCAGAGAGACAAGGAAGAGCCCUGAGUCGAGUCGUCCUGUUCCAGAAAGAUCCGUAUGUAAAACUGUAACUCCCACAGACACAGAGAGAGGUGCGUACUGCGAGCUGCAUGCACUGGCCUGUCCUGUCCUCUGUAGGGCGGGGCUCGAGUCGGGCGCUUUGAGAAACACGGACUUCAGCAGCCUGUCUCCUGAACACACACGGUUCUGUCUCAGACAGCAGGAGAAGCUGCUCAGUACAGGGCAGGGUAGGGAACGUGAGUAUAAUGAUAUGGCCCUGCUUCAUAUCCUGGUCACAGUAAAGGACCUGCUUCUCAGAUGUGACCUCAUCACUGCAACAGGUCACUUGGAGAAGGCAUGCUCCACCUGUGCGAUAGACGGUCUAGGACAGCUGCUGAGGAAGUUUCAGGUGCUGCAGUAUCUAAGUAGGAAGUGGGCAGAGCCUCAGCUCAGAGUGCAGCACCUGCAGGAGCAGAUCAGUUCAGAUCCAGACCCGUUCCGCUCUCCUCUGCACCGUGUUCCUUUCGUGCUGUUCAUCACAGAGGGUUUACUGAAGCACUGUGUCCUGCUGCAGCUGCUCGAGUCCACGUAUAACAUGACUCUCCUGGAGAGGAGCCACUCUCCGUCUCUACAGCGGCUGGGACCGACACACCUGUAUGACAUCAUCACCAUCGACGAGAACACAGCCAUUCUGCUGCAGGAGCUGGGGGAGCUGGAGCAGGAGCGAGCAGCUGAGCGUGUGGUUCUGAGACUCUCGGCUCUGUCGCUGCAAUUUAACCGCUGCUGGGUCCUACUGCACUACAGCUCUCUUGUGUGUGGUGAAGUGUUCAGUAACCUGGCAUUAGUUUACUCUGCCUUGGUGCUGUUUGCCCAGAAGUCUGAAGGUCUGGAUGUUAAGGUGUUGCUGGCAUAUGACGGAGCCAUUGUAGCACAGUAUGUGCAUCAAGUCUGCCUACACACACUGCUCAACUCUCAGAGAGAUGUGUGUAGCUGGCUGGACCGAGAGUGGUUCAGCGUGCUGCCUACUGAGGAGGAGCAGUGUUUGCUGUAUUUCCCGUGUGUGAACUGUGUUGUAGCUCAGCUGCUGCUGAGUCGAGCUCCGUCGCUACGGUGGCUGCUGGAAGCUUCACACAUUCAGCUGGAGGAGAUGUUUCCUGAAAUCACACCUUCUGUCUUUAAGCUCUUCAGUGAGUGUACAGCUGCAUACAGGCUCCACGCUGCAGCCCCACAGUGUGAGGACGAAGUCGCACACAUCCAUAACUGGGGUCUGGAUAAGGACGAGGCUCUCUCACACACACACCCCCACUCAGACCCUCGGACCCUCAUACACUCCUCCAUAGUGUCACACAACCCUGGCUUCCUCCAGGAGCAUGGAACUCUGGGUAGUGGCUGGUGUGGGGCAGAGUCAGAGUGUUUGACGAGCACACACUCACAGAAUUUGGUUGAAGAACAAGAACAGACGUGGGGUAAGAACUGCGCAGUAGCAGGAGAUUUCAGUGGUGAGGAAGCAGAUGAGCAGUGGAGUCUGGAAGCAUCAUCUCUGAUCUCCAGUCUCUCUUUCACACACUCGCACACCGUUCCCUGCACACCGUGCACCCAGAACCCGUGUCCUCACCAAACUCAUCCCCUCCCACCCCACCUGUCCCAUCAGCAGUGGGGAGGCAGCAUUGCUGUGUCCGAGAGAUCGGACACCGAGAGGAAAAGACCAGCAGGGGGCGCCAUACACACAGCAUUUCCGCAGUGUAAGAGAGUGCGACUUCUGUAUGAGAGAGUCCCAGGAAGAAGUGAUGGACAGACCCGACUCAGGUUUUUCUAAACAUAUGCCGUCGUGCUCUCACUCUCUCUCUCACACACAUACACACACACACACAGUGUACACUUAUUCAUGUGCUCACAGACAAUAAAUGUGCUUUGUUCAUUACACUACCUUUCGGUAAGUGUGUAUGUGUUUGAUGUCUGACCUGUUUGUGAUUAAGUCACAGAGUCUUGCGUUCGUUAUCAUUAAGGGUAAAAUUGAUUUGGCACACUCUGUAACACACUCAGUUUUGAACAUCUUCAGUGUUGUAAUGUAAUGUCACAUGUCGAACUGGGAAAUAAAAACAGAAACAUGAGGGUCGUUCACAUCAGCACUUUGUAAUUGAUCUCCAUACACGGUUGGUGAUGUCAUACACAUCGUACAGAAGGAUGAGGGGAAAGGAGGAGCUCCGUUCUUUACAUCAUGGCCUUUUAGGUCCUAUAGUUAUCUAACCAAUCAACACUUACAAAAAAACAUGGCUGUUUUGUUUUUUCCCUUCAGAUUUCACUUUACAGCCAUCAGCAUGUUCAUGUUAAAUGUGCUUUCCUCAUGUUCUACUGUACAGCUUGUUUCAGAGCUGAAACCCAAUAUGUUCACCCCGUGUGAGGAACAGAGCUGAGCUGAGAGAGAGAACAAGCUCCACGCACUAACCCAGAUCCCAUGAGCUACAAAAACACUUCCUUUUACAUUCUUCUACCUUCAUCAGGAUAUUCUCCAUCUACUGAGCUGAACUACACCGUCAUCAUUUGAGACGUUCACCAGUCCAGUUGCUAAAUCUAUUUGUGUCUCUAGGUAUUUGUCCAAUCCAGCGCAACGGUACAUUGCUUUCUAUUCCGGCUUUAGAUCUUCAGCCGACUGCUCAGGUUUGGCCCUCUAAAAGUCGACAGG